AUGGAAAUGGAAUUGACUCAAUUAAGAAAGCAAGAGAGCAACAAUCUUGACGGCAAUUAUGGCGAAUCCAUGGCGAUGGACCAAUUCGUCCCAACUGCAUGGAACUUGGAUUUCCUCUGUUUCGACAAGCCACUCCAAGAAGAAGACAACAUUAAUCACACUUUCUCUUCUUUGAUGGAUCUCAUCUCUCAACCACCUCCACUGCUUCACCAACCACCACAACAGUCGUCAUCUCCUCCUCUUCCGCCAAUCUCGUCCGCUUUUGACUAUCCUUAUCUGGAGACGCUUCAAGAUGUUACAGAGUCUUCUUAUUCUCCUCCGUCAAUGCUUCCACCUUCGCAAGGCGACAACAACGACAGUUAUUCACCAUUGAUUGAGGAAAGCAAGAGCUUCACGAGCAUCGGAGAGACGAACAAGAAAAAGAGUAACAAGAAGGUUGAAGGUCAACCUUCGAAGAAUCUCAUGGCGGAGAGACGGCGGAGGAAGCGGACAUCGAUACUAGGAGAUGCCAUAGAUUACAUGAAGGAGCUUUUGGACAAGAUUAACAAGUUGCAAGAACUUGGAAGCAACUCUAAUAUCAAGGGCAACCUCGUUACAAACGAUUCUACGGUCAGAAUCUCCCCAAAGUUUGAAGUGGAUCAAAGAGAAGUUAAUACGCACAUAGAUAUAUGUUGUUCUACGAAACCAGGAUUGCUUCUAUCAACGGUUAGUACAUUAGAGAUUCUAGGCUUGGAGAUUCAACAAUGUGUCAUUAGCUGCGUCAGUGAUUUUUCAUUGAAAGCUUCCUGUUCAGAGGUUGCUAGGCAAAGAGACUUCAUUACUUCUGAAGAUGUAAAGCAAGCACUGUUCAAAAACGCAGGUUAUGGAGGAAGAUGUUCGUAG